GAGUUGCAGACUUUAUCCAAAUUUAGGGUUUUCUUUUUCUUCUAACUCAGAUUAUCAUCAGAUCUUCGAAACCCCAAUUUAACAAAUCAGAUCUCAGCUUCCCGGUUAGUUUUACCCUCAAAUCAACUAAGUUUCAUGUCUGAACUUGACUCCCAGGUUCCCACUGCCUUUGAUCCGUUUGCUGAUGCGAAUGUUGAGGACUCCGGUGCGGGAACAAAGGAGUACGUUCAUAUCCGUGUCCAGCAGCGAAAUGGUAGGAAAAGCUUGACAACCGUCCAGGGCCUGAAGAAAGAGUACAGCUAUACCAAGAUACUUAAAGACCUCAAGAAAGAGUUUUGCUGCAACGGCACUGUGGUUCAGGAUUCAGAACUUGGACAGGUCAUACAGCUUCAAGGUGACCAGCGUAAGAACGUCUCCACAUUCCUUGUUCAGGCUGGUUUGGUGAAGAAAGAUAACAUCAAGAUCCAUGGUUUCUAAGCUAUCUAGUGGAUCAUAUUAUUAAUAAGACCAUAUCUUUCUC